AUGGACAACCUCCCUCCCGUGGCGUGCGGUGAGGUGACGUGGAACUCAGAUUUCAUUGAUUGCCUCAAGUCGCUCUACACGGCACCCAACGACAUUGCAGAUUGGCUCCCCACGCUCAAAAUCUCUGGAUUUCCGACAGUCACUGAGCAAGACGUCGAUGAUGCUCUUCAAAACAACACCGAUCUGACAGACAUGCAGGUGAAGAGUCUGGAAGACUGGCGGAAGGCACCGGGUGUCAAUCAGGACCGCUACUUCGCGGCGUUGAGCACCAGGGACGACGAGAGCUUAUCGGCCUUUUCCGAGGCUAUGUGGCAAAAAGACAAGGUUCGUGUCCACCACAAGGUCCUGCGGCGCCACAUGGACUUCUGGUACAUGGCAGAGGCAAGCCCAGGGGGGCUACAGGACACCGAGCAGGACGCUAUGGAAGAAGACUCCGAGGAAUACGAGUACCGGGACGAUAUCGAUAUGGAAGAUGACGCCGAAGAGCCCGGUGACACCGUGCAGGACGCUAUGGAAGCAGACAUCAGAGAGCCCGACGACAUCGUGCAGGAUGCUAUGGAGGAAGACACCGAAGCUCUCGAGUCAGAGAUCGCGCAGAUGAAUAGACUGACGACAUGGUUGAAGAAGGAGAGAAUGCAUAGGGACCGGUACACUCGGGCGAAAAAACGGGGUGACACAGCCGGCUUAUCCGACUAUCUGUGGAAGAAUGGAAAGAUCGACGUCAACUCCAGCGCCAUCUCGAAGCACAUGGACACCCCAAAGAAACCAGCAAAACGGGUCCGAAAGGCUCCGCCGAAGAGAGUGGAAGCCCUGUCGAAAGAGGACGCUGAGGCCCUUCGCAAGAUCCACAACUCUGUGUGCGCCGACCAACCCAGUGGCACGCUGACCGGCCUCAGCCACGCGCUGAAGUCGCAUGGGCGAUUCGAACAAAUCGACCAAGAAAUGAGCUGGCCUGACGGCACUGCCACGAUCAUCACGAGGUGGGAUACUGCCCUCAUUCCUGGUUGCAUCGCAGAAGGAUCCAAACUGGAUCGAGGAAUCAAACGACGUCUGCAUGAACACUUACUCCUCGAAUUGGCUGUGAGGAAGGGGAUCUCGGUGGAGGAGAUGGCGGAUCGGAUCCCUUGUCCGGCAAACAAGGACGCGGAUGCGCAUCGCACAGCAACAACCAAGGCACUGGCUGCCAGUCUUGGAAACUUGUUUCCGCCCCUCUUGUACGAACACAGGAAAGAUCUUUACCCAGGAGACAAAGGCUCCUGGAUCUCCCGUGAGACGAAAAACUCAUCCGUGCGCACCAAAGUGGAAGCCAAGUUUGAGAAGGACGGGGGCUACGGUGUCUUCCAGCAAGACACGAAGAAGCCAUUGACCGAUACUUCCCGAGACUCGCUGUCCAAGGAACAAGUGCUCGCCCUUUUGUCCGCCCAUCACGGUCCGGGACCCGCUGCGGGCGCGGAAAGUUCGAUGGCCAAUGCAGAGGUGCAAUGA